AGAGAGAAGGAGAUCUCUGCAUACUUGGGAAAAGACCGAAAGUCAUUACUUCCUCAGAGCACAACAACAAGAAAACGAUGAGACUCUUUCGUAAGAAACUUGUUAUAGUUGGUGAUGGAGGCUGUGGAAAGACCUGUUUACUUAUUCAAUUUAGUAAAGAUCGGUUUCCUGAACUUCCUGAACACUUGCCCACAGUGUUUGAGAACUAUGUUGCAGACAUUGAGCUUGAUGGAAAAGGGGUAGAGCUUGAGUUGUGUGACACUGCUGAAAAGGAGGAUUAUGAUCAAUUACGGCCUCUCUCAUACACUGACACAGAUGUCAUUCUUAUGUGCUUUUCCAUCGACAAUCCUGAUAGUUUGGAGAACAUUCCAGAAAAGUGGACGCCAGAGGUAAAGCAGUUCUGUCCGAAUGUACCCAUCAUCCUUGUGGGUACCAAAAAGGAUCUCCGAAAUGAUCAGCAUACACGACAGGAACUUGCCAAAAUGAAACAGGAGCCUGUGAAACCCGAGGAAGUACGAGACAUGGCCAACCGAAUCAAUGCCUUCGGUUAUGUAGAAUGCGCAGCCAAGACAAAAGCUGGUGUGAGAGAGGUUUUUGAGAUGGCCACCAGAGCAGCACUGAAAGCGAAGAAAGGUGACAAAAAGACUGGCUGUUUACUCCUAUAAAAACCUGUAGAAGAACAGGUAUCAGUUAACACAACCCAGGAUUAAGACUUAAGAACAGGGAGGGGGGUGGGAGAAACCUAACAUUCGUGUCCUCGUACAGUUGGCGUACCGGGACAGUGUGCAGGGAUGUGAUUUUUCCGGAUUAAUCCGGAAUUCCGGAUUUUCCGACCUGAAAAUGUGACCUACGUGAAUCAUGCAGAUAUGUAAAAAAAAAAAAAAUAAGGGGGGAGGGGGGUAUCUCACAGCCGUCGCCAUGGUAACCCGGGACGGAACCACAAUCGCCGUCCCCGCGCAACAGGGCCACACCGGUGGCAGAUGACAAAGAGAUGCAUUUUCCUUCCUUUCCAAGUAUCAACAAGGACGUGUUUCUGACCGUUCGCAAAUGGCGGAUGGCGAAGUAUGAUUGUAUUCACCAAUCAGACCCGAUCGUUUAUCUCCUCUCUUCUCCUCAUUUGCGACGUUUGGCUGUCACUCGCGUGACGCGAAACAAAGCGGCAAACAUAUAGCUACACGUCGGUUUACUUGGUGGAUUUGGAGCAGCAAUUUUCACAGAAAUGAUAGGAAAAACGAGCGCCAUUGCAGAAUAUCCUGGUGGCGACUGAGAGAGGGACGAUGCAACAAUAUUGGUUCCGAAAAAAGGCAAGGAAAUAAGUUACCUCAUCGAGCCUGGUUUAACCUAACUGAGCAUUACAUUCGUGCAUGAAACCUGAUCGACGAACACGGAGGGACGGGAAUCGCGGGACGGAGUGUUUCUUCAGGCUCCGGCGUGAAUAUAAAUUUCUCUUCUAAAGUUCGGUAAAAACACAUAAAUGGCUUAAAAUCUUGUUUAAGAAUCUGUUUUAUAAUGAGAAUCUCUCUUUCAACGCGCCUACGUGUGUUUGUGCCGCGUGACAGCCGAUUUGAAUCUGACAGAGUUCGUCACUGUACAUUAAAAAAUCCCACACAGACAUUACAGCGUAAAUGCUAGGAUUAAGAUUGAUUUUAUAUAUAACAGAUAAUCUAGAUACAUUUACCCUAAUAAGUUUUUAAAAACAUGGUAAUGUUUUAAUGCCAGACAAUCAUUGAAAUGAGGGAAAAAUGAAGAGAAAGGCAGCAGAUAUAGCAUCCUUCUUCAGAAAGAGUAGCAAGAAGCAGCCAAACAAAUCUUAGUAAAAUACAUUAAAGUAGCCUUCAAAAUUCACAUGAUUCACAUGAAAAAACAUGGAGGUUGAAUUAUGACUAUAAAUUGUAUGUUAAUCUCAAUUCAUUUUAAUAAAAAUUAAAUUAUUGUAGCAAUUGUAUGUUACAUUAUUCUGAUUAACACACUAUAAUACUUAAAAGUAUUUUAAGGUUGGAUGAUAGAGAUUUUAUAUGCCACCCCAGAGUAACUGCUGGCCCCUGCCUGGCCACCCCUAUGAAAAAAUCCCUUGGUCUGCCACUGAUUAGCAAAACUCAAAAAAUAAAUUAUAUUAUAAAUCUUUACCCGGACAAGUGACUUUUGUGCAUGGACAAGUGAAACACAAAUGUACUUGUCCGAAGGACAAGUUCCUCAAAAAGUUAAUGUCAAGCCCUGAUAAACAUAUUACAACAAUUUACGAUUAACUAAGAAUAAUAGUAAACUUCAUUAUUGUUAAUAUUGUGACUCUUGAUGAGUCUUGAUGACGUAUGCAGCUUAGAAAUGCGACCUCCGGAAGGCUGCAGACUUAGGAUUGAGAAACGGCCUCUGUAUCAUCAUUUGUUUCAAAGGUUUCGUGUGUUUAAAGUUUUAAGGUUGACAAGUUUGAUUAAAAUAAAUAGCACCUGCACUUUUUUUGUACAAUUACUUCUAUUUAUUAGUGUCAACCUUCUAUUGUUCAUGUUUAACAGCUAACAAAGUUACUCAUCUACAGGGGUCUAAAAUUAGAAAAAGAGACCUUUAAGACACUUUAUUAUAACUAAUGGUCCUGUGUAGCACAUUUUACAGAUAUUUGUAUUAAAAUAAUACUCUGGUAAAAAUAGAAGUACUGAUUUAACUUCUUUACUCAAGUAAAAGUAUCAAAGUACAGGCUUGGAAAUUUAUUUAAAGUAUAAAAUUAAAAGUAGCCAUGCCUUUAGUUCUUUAUAAGCCAUUGCCUACAUUUUAUUUGGAUGUCGGCAAAAUAGGCCUUCUUUUGACAUGAACAUUUGCAUGUUGCACAUUUAGCUGUUAAAGUUGGGUAAAAAUGCAAAACAAAAAUAAGUUAAAACAUAUUUUUUAUCAUGGUUGUUGAUAUAGAGAGAGGUGGUGAUGGAGCAGUGGACAAGACACUUGCUUUUGAUUCCCACUGUUACACAUCCACCAAAUAAGUUGUUAUGUGUCAUACUGUACAAAAAAGUAGCAUGUUGCACAUCUAGCUGUAAAAUGAAUUAAAAUGUGUUUUUUUGUUCAAAUAAGUUGUUAUGGGUCCUACUUUACUAUCCGUAUAGAUCCGCCACCAGUUUGAUUGGCGUGUGUGUGUGUGGGGGGGUCUCAAAAUAUUUUCCUGCUUUUUUGUCCUUAGCCAAUCACAUGCCUGAGUGUGUCAAGAAGACUAACCAGGAGAAACCAAUGGACAGACUUUGGGAACAGCUGUGAAACUGGUGACUUUAUUGUCUGUCAUUACAUGAGAUCGGGGUUAUGAGUUUUCUGGUCACGCCAAGCAAAAUUUAUACCUAAGGUAUUUGUUAUAGUCAUAUUGCUUUUUCCCUUUUUUAAGCCCCGGAUAUGUUUUAUAAAACCGUUCUCUGAUCAGUGUUCUUUUUUAGGUUUACCCUCCUGUCUUUAGCAAUCGUUUUGUGUGUGACAGAUUGUAUGUAAGUUCGUAUAUUAAAGAAACAGUAUGUAGGAUUGUGGCCAAAACUGGUACUGCAAUCACACAACUGGUGGCCAAUACACAAAAUGACAACAUAAACAUCAGUUGAGGGCUGCAACUCCACUUUUUAAAUGUCAAUAUCCUGGCCGGACCACUGUUGUCAGUGAUAUAAGUAUAUGAAAUGAAAAUGAUUUCUUAAUGUCUAGUGACGACAUCAGGGCCAUUUUUUUAUUAAUUGAUAUAAAUUUCUUACAUACUGUUCCUUUAAUGUUUGUGUGAAUGAACACACAGAAUGUGUCUCUUUGUUAUAUACGAAUCUAUCUGGAUGGCUUUAUUCUGUUUGUAUAUCAUGUUGAAGGAUCCUCACGUUCAGAAUGUUUUUAUUAUUGUUUUUUUAAUCUUUAAUCAUUUAUUUACAUAAUCAUUUUAUAAUCAUUAGUUAUUAUCCAUUUAAUUAUUGUAUUUGAUAACUUAAUAUUGUUUUAUCAUUAUCAAUUUCAUUAUUAUCAUUUUUAUUAUUACAUUUAUUCAUUUAUUUAUGUAUUCAUUAUUCAUUUAUUCAUUCAUUAUUAUAUUUCUAUAUUUUAUUAUAUCAUUCAUGAAUUCAUUGUAUUUCUAUAUUUUAUAUGUCUCUUGGUGGUUCAGUUUCACAUUUGGGAAGUUUCAUAUAGCUGUUCUGUCUGUGUAAAUAGAAUGUUAAUGGAAGCCCAAGGCCUAUAGGAUGUUACAGCUAAGCAAUUUUGAUAUAACAGUGCAUGCUGAAUUCCUGGGUAGACGAGGUUUGAACAUUGAGGCAUAUGCAACUGAAACUAAACUGUCCAUCAAUAAAACUCUGUUCUAUUUUA